GACAACUGGAAUGCACCGAUGGAAGAAAUGAUUGAAGUUAAGUUCAAUCAACUCAACGAUGCGAUGAGCUCCAGCAAACGGAAGCGAGGAUUCUGGCUUGAACUCAAAUUAUUUUUUGGAAUGGUAAGUUCUACGCAUUCGAAUCCGACGAAAAUAAAGAUAUGUGGUGAAGGCUCACGAUCGGUGAUGUUGAUGUUAUUCGGUACACUUUGUGCAGUUCUCAGUGGAUGUUGUCUGUCCGUCACGUUGAUAUUUACGGGUCGUAUGAAGCACGUAUUGCUGACACACACUGUAACGGCUGAACUGUUUCGCAUUCAUGCGUAUGAACAACAUAUGGCAUCGCUGUCGUUUGGCUCGAGUUUGGUUGACUAUCUUUCGGAAAAGUAUGCACAUCUUGCACAGAAUAUUAGUAGUAAUCGUCGUCUGCAGAUUGAAAUUCAAAGUGAGCUCAACAAGUGA